AUGAAUCGCCCUCUGCCAGCACCACCAUCCUGUUCACGACCUCGCCGUACUAUCACUGAGCGGGAUAUUUGUCCCAUAUGCAAUCAUAUAUUCCCCCCACAAUCUCCAGGCAGCGAUGAAGAUGCACGCGAAGCACAUAUCCGAGUGUGCAUUGAAAGACACGCCACCAGACGCCCCGGGGCUUCCAGUCAAUCCACACCAUCAGAACGCCUGAGGAUGCUUACUUUUGUUGCAACAGAGAAAGACUGUCUAGGCACAGACGGCGUACAGUCUGAAUGCUCCAUUUGCAUGGAGGAGUAUGAAGUUGGUGCCGAACUAGCACGGCUUGAGUGUCUAUGCAAAUUCCACAAGACUUGUAUCCUUGGGUGGUUCGACCGUAAAGAAGAGUGUCCCGUCCAUAAAGUGACAUAA